AUGUAGACUAGUAUAUGCACAUCACAGUUGACAAGCAAAACUAGAGGAAAACCCCUACUCUCAUGGACGUGCUCGCCUCAUACGGUCAUACCACACUCAUGAACGUGCAUGCCACCAGCUAAUAAGCUAAGCACACGAACCUAUCAUAAACACCAUGCUUCCUUAAAGCAUCACCGGUUCCGAAACUCCGCGACAUCGAUCUCCGAGCCCAUUCUGAUUCACCUCGCGUCGGUCAGCUCCGCCGGCCAUGCUACGUUACACCACGCCACAGUCCACCCCGCCGAUGUCGCCGCUGGGUGCCCCCGCGACGCCCCGCACCCCCGGCGCCGGCGCGGUCUCCGAGGCGCCGCAACCGCCGGCCUCGCCGCGGACGCCCCGCCCCGCGAUCACGCUGACCGCGCCGCCGUCCAACAAGAAGCGGCGCCGCGGGGCCGCGCGCUCUUCCCUCCGCGCCAUCCGCGCCGUGCGCGCACUGUUCCGGUCCCUCCCGAUCCUCGCCCCAGCGUGCCGGUUCCCCGGCGUCAUCCCGCGUCACGGCGGUGGCGGCGGCGCGUCACGGAGGCACGACGGCCACGUCAGCGGCGCGUCGCGCACGACGGGGACGCUGUUCGGGCACCGCAGGGCGCGGGUGACGCUGGCGGUGCAGGAGACGUCCGGGAGCGUGCCCAUCCUGCUGCUGGAGCUCGCCAUGCAGACGGGGAGGUUCAUGCAGGAGAUGGGCGCCGAGCACCUGCGCGUGGCGCUCGAGUGCGAGAAGAAGCCACCGGGCGCCGGCGCGGGCAUCGGACGCACCAGGCUGCUCGACGAGCCGCUGUGGACGGCGUACGUGAACGGGCGCAAGAUCGGGUACGCCGUGCGCCGGGAGCCCACCGAGGACGAUCUCACCGUCAUGCAGCUCCUGCGCACCGUGUCCGCCGGCGCCGGCGUGCUUCCGGCCGACGUCGUGGGCGGUGGCGGCGCCCCCGAGGGGCAGGAGGCUGGCGACCUAGCGUACAUGCGCGCGCACUUCGACCGCGUGGUGGGGUCCCGCGACUCGGAGUCGUUCUACAUGCUUAAUCCUGACGGCAACAAUGGGCCGGAGCUUAGCAUCUUCUUCAUCAGGAUAUGAAAGUUGUGGAAUUUCCCUUUUAAAGUUCGGAUUUUGUGUGACUGAGAUUAGCGAGUAGAACAUAGUUUUAUGUUGUAAGCACCGGAUGCUCUACGGGUUGUGGCGAAGGCAAAG